AUGGAAACCAAGCAGACCAAGGAACCCAGUUCUCCCGAACAGCCUGGUCUUGAAGUGGUGAUACCCGAUGGUCUGAUUCCGCAGUAUGAGAGAGAUGCACCCCUCUACUACGCCGGAGAUGGAUCCGAGGCACCGAUACCAGUCGAAACAGAGGUUGGCCAAGGCCAAGAAGUCAAAAGUGUGAAAGAAGCUUCACGAACAAUAUGCGGGUUCCGGCGACGGUAUUUCUGGAUUGCUGUGGUUGUUGCUGUGGUUGUCAUUGCUGUAGCGGCGGGUGUAGGCGGUUCUUUUGCGAAAAAGGACUCCGGUACCUCCAACCCUACCUCGACCGCAACGGCGGCCUCUACUUCGACUUCGACUUCGUCUUCGGCGACCUCCAGCGUCACAAGCUGUCCGGCGAUGAACGGGACGACAAUCACCGUCCAGCAAAAGGACUAUAUCCAAUUAUGCCACACGGAUCUUUGCUCUGACACGGGUGGUUGUGCUAGCGUCACCAUAUCCGACGAGAACCUCGUAAACUUCAAGACCAAUUCCCUUGAACAGUGCAUCCAGCGCUGUGUAAGUUAUAAUAUCAUGAUCAAGGGAGCCGAAUGCAAGGGAGUGAGCUGGGAUGAAACAGCGCCUUCAUCCACCAACCGCACCCAUCGCUGCUUCUUGAAGAAUGAUACGAGUAUCAGAAAGACGGCACCAAGUGGCUGGACCAUUCUCAGUGCAGUCGCCAAGGACUGA